AUGUAUAAGCCAACCAAGAAUGAAAACAAUGAACCAGAUGUUAUGUAUAGAAUGUCAAGUUCAUGUGUAACUGAUCGGUUAAAUUGUAAUUGUCCAGGUUAUGAUACUACUACUACUACUACUACUACUACUACUACUACUACUACUACUACUACUACUACUACUACUACUACUACUACUACUACUACUACUACUACUACUACUACUACUACUACUACUACUACUACUACUACUACUACUACUACUACUACUACUACUACUACUACUACUACUACUACUACUACUACUACUACUACUACUACUACUACUACUACUACUACUACUACUACUACUACUACUACUACUACUACUACUACUACUACUACUACUACUACUACUACUACUACUACUACUACUACUACUACUACUACUACUACUACUACUACUACUACUACUACUACUACUACUACUACUACUACUACUACUACUACUACUACUACUACUACUACUACUACUACUACUACUACUACUACUACUACUACUACUACUACUACUACUACUACUACUACUACUACUACUACUACUACUACUACUACUACUACUACUACUACUACUACUACUACUACUACUACUACUACUACUACUACUACUACUACUACUACUACUACUACUACUACUACUACUACUACUACUACUACUACUACUACUACUACUACUACUACUACUACUACUACUACUACUACUACUACUACUACUACUACUACUACUACUACUACUACUACUACUACUACUACUACUACUACUACUACUACUACUACUACUACUACUACUACUACUACUACUACUACUACUACUACUACUACUACUACUACUACUACUACUACUACUACUACUACUACUACUACUACUACUACUACUACUACUACUACUACUACUACUACUACUACUACUACUACUACUACUACUACUACUACUACUACUACUACUACUACUACUACUACUACUACUACUACUACUACUACUACUACUACUACUACUACUACUACUACUACUACUACUACUACUACUACUACUACUACUACUACUACUACUACUACUACUACUACUACUACUACUACUACUACUACUACUACUACUACUACUACUACUACUACUACUACUACUACUACUACUAUUUUACUGAAAAAUGUAUAUUAUAUAUUGUAG